AUGGGUAUAAGCGAGCCCUUCAGUGUCGAUGUCCUCGACAACAAACUCAAGAAUGAACUGAACAAAACUCAGGAGUCCGUGCAGAGCAUUUCUCGCUGGCUGAUUAAAAAUCACGAGCAUGGCGAUGUCAUUGUCAAAUCAUGGCUCCGUAUUUUACUGACGACCGACAACAACUCAAAGAAAAAGUCUCUGGUCUACUUGGCGAAUGACCUGCUUCAAAACGGACUAAAACGAAAGGCACCCUUUCGAGAAUUUUUCCUUCCGCAUUUGCCCGGCGCUUUUGCUUCUUUUGGAAUUUGUGACCAGCGACUUUUGAAAUCGUUGAUGAAUGUUCUUGCUGUUUGGGAGAAUCGAACUGUUUUCACUGAAGAAUAUGUAAAAGGUCUGCGAGGAGUGCUCUUUGCGGAACAGCGGCGCCAGUUAGAGAACUGUAUUGAGGAGCAAAAAGGAAAGCCACAGAUAGAAGAUGCAAGCAUCCUCGAAGAGAGCUACAAUGUGAACACGGAAAUGAACGAAACUGCGAAAAAGUUGUCGGAAUCGCUGGACGAGGCAUCUAGCACCGUGAAUCGAAACAAACAUCGCGAGGCGAAGAGAAAGCGAAAGAAGGAAGAGAAGAAAGCGAAGAAAUCGAAGAAGAAAAAGCGAAGGAUUGAGCUUGGUCCGCCACCAGAGACAAAAAUCGACUUAUCAAAGCUGGAGCAAGACAUUAUUCAGCUAGCGGAAGACGCAGCAAGCUCAGAUAUUGCUGAAAGACAAAAGCUAGCUGCGCUGCCAAAUGAAGUGCAAGAUGAAUCCACAAUGGACUACAUCAAUGAGUGGGGAAGUCUGGAGCUCAUGUAUCAACUGGUAAAUCGCGCGGGGAAAUUAGUCGGAGCCUUUACGGAUCGAGUAAUGGACGAGCAGAAAUACAGGGGCGGUUUUAAAUGUUUGAAAUAA